CUGUAGAGGAGGGGCCAAGGAGAGGGAGGUCCGGAGAGGCGUGUUUUCUAUAUAACAGUUGUCCCUCAGAACUUUUGCCUGUCGCCUUGUCUUCGGGACAGCAUCUCACACACCACCUCUGUAGACUCACACACUGGGGGAACUUAUUCACCUGCAAAAAAACCAACAUUUUCCUCAAGCCAAAAAACGCGCAACGUCUACUCGUUCCUUCCCUCUGACAUGGAGACCCAGCAAAGAAACGGACCUCUCUCAGUGUGCCACACCUGCCGAAGAACCGAGAGGAGCAUAAUGACGGUGAAGAAGAUGUUCUCGUCCAGCAGCGCGUUGGUCUUCGCCCUGGCCAUGACGCUGUACAUCUUCCAAGGGGCCUCGGCAGAAACUCUGUGCGGAGGAGAGCUGGUGGACGCUCUGCAGUUCGUCUGCGAAGACCGAGGAUUCUAUUUCAGUCGGCCAACGAGCCGGACCAGCAGCCGGCGCACCCAGAACCGAGGCAUCGUGGAGGAGUGCUGCUUCCGGAGCUGCGACCUCAACUUGCUGGAGCAGUACUGCGCAAAGCCAGCCAAGUCGGAGCGGGACGUCUCCGCCAGCGCCCUACAGGGCAUCCCCAUGAUGCCCCCACUGAAGCAGGAAGUGCAGAAGAAGCAACACGUGAACAACAAGCUGUCCUCCUACGCCGUGUGGGACAGGAAGGCGGCCCAGCGGCUCAGGAGGGGUAUCCCCGCCAUCUUGAAGGCCAGGAAGUUCCGGCGGCAGGCGGAGAAGGCGAGGGCCAAGGCCCAGGAGCAGACCCACCGACCGCUCAUCAGCCUCCCCAGCAAGCUGCCCCCCGUCCUGCUCUCAACGGACAACUACGUCAGCCACAAAUGAGCCGCCGCCCGCCCAGAGUAUGCACAGACAAGAGUUUGGAUGAGGAAGAGAAAAGAACAACACAAGACGAGGGG